CAGAGUAGAAAGAAAACUAGAAAAAUCAAAACGCGAGAAAUAAACAUGGCGUACGUUUGAUUCGAUUCGAUUCGCUCUUCUCUGUUUUUGUGCGUGAAAAAAAAUAGAAAAUCCUUUCUCAAGAAAAAAAAAAAGUUCCACCCCAAAAUUGUAUUUCAAUAUACCCUCAAAUUUCUUAAUAAAUAUAAUAAAUCUAUAAGUGGAACAUUAAAGUGUUGAAAAAAAAGGUGUAAAAAAAGCAAAGAAAAAAGUAGAAAAAAAAAUGGGCACAAAAGAGCCACCAAAUGAUUUGGCCAACAACAGCCGCCGCGCCGCAAUGCCCACCACCGCCACCACCGACACCAUUUCAACUUCAACCUCAACCAUUCCCAAUAACGACGACGUCAGAUCCAAUUCAGCCGGCGGUAGUAGUAAAUUGUGUAGUAGUAAAUCGGCGGCGGUGGAAAAUCUGAAAAUCAAUGCCGUCAUUGUCGACGACGUCGCGGAAGACGACGACAAUUCAAUCGCCCAAAAUAAUAUUCACAAAAAAGAUACAGAAACAGAAGAAACAAAAGUGUGCCAAUCUCUGCCACAGUCUCAACCACAAUCACAACAACAACAGAAUGUUAAUAAAUCGCUUAGUCUAACAACGGCUGCGGGAAAAAAGAUUCGUCGUGCAUUUUCAAUGCCUCGUAAUCCGUUUCGAUGGUCGCGAAAAUUCAAGACCAAUAAUAACAACAAUUUACCAUCAUCAUCGUCAUCGGGAACGACGACGGGAGCGGGCAGCGGUAGGAAUAGUUUAGGUUCUAAUAGUGGCGUUGCCACUGCCACCGCCAUUGACGGCAACACUAACGAUAUCGACCGCAAGCGACUAGGAGCCAACAAGAGCAAAACGUUAGAUGGACGUGGUAAUGGCGGUUGUGGCAAUGUUGGAGGAGUCGGAAGCGGAGCAACACUCCCUCCACCCACAACAUUAACAACAUCAGCCGAAUCAAAUCAAAACAAAAACAGCGGAAACAAUUCACAGCAGCGAGUUUUUAGGCGAUCUUCGUUUCGAAAGUUUUUAAAUCGUAUUGCUCAGCAUGUUUCCUCGGUGGGAAGCAUUGGGCAAUUUGAAAACAAAAAGCCUUUCGGUGUUUUGCCCAUGUACACUGGAUGUUGGAAAAGAAACGAGGCAAAUAAACAUCCAUCAACAUCGAGUUCAGUGGCGGAUAGAGUACCACCAAUUGGAGGCUAUCAAUGGCCAGCGGAUCAAACGCCCGGUGUGACGGGCUUAAAAAAUCAUGGCAACACGUGCUUUAUGAAUGCUGUACUGCAGUGCCUAAGUCAUACGGACAUCUUAGCAGAAUAUUUUGUAUUAGAUCAGUAUAAGGUGGACUUGAAGAAACGAAACAAAAUCAAUUCACGAAAAUUCGGAACAAAAGGCGAACUUACCGAACAGCUAGCGAACGUUUUGAAAGCUUUAUGGACGUGUAAAAAUGAAAGUGAUCAUAGUACAAGUUUUAAGGCUGUUGUAGAUCGUUAUGGAUCGCAGUUUCGCAGUUCAACACAGCAUGAUGCUCAAGAAUUUCUAUUUUGGCUAUUAGAUAAAGUGCACGAAGAUCUAAAUACGGCAACUAAGAGAAGAUACAAAAGUGUAAAGAACAACUAUGGUCGACCAGAUGAAGUGAUUGCCGCUGAAACAUUAGCGAAUCAUAUCCGAUGCAACAAUUCGUUUGUUCAAGCUGUCUUUCAAGCACAAUUUCGAUCCUCGCUGACAUGUCCGCGAUGCAAAAAACAAAGCAAUACUUUCGAUCCUUUUCACUGCAUUUCAGUGCAACUACCACAACUAACACAACAAGCUGUAUUUGUGACUGUUUCGUAUGUGAAACAGCAUCCUCGCCAAGUCAAGCUUGGACUAACCGUUCCAGCUGGUUCGCCCAUAGUAGCACUUCGCGAACAACUUCAAAAAGACACCGGUAUUCCUAGUAAUCGAAUGGUUUUGGCCGAUAUCAGCAAUCAGGGCUUCUCGAGAGUAUUUUUCGAUACACAGCCAGUGUCAACACUUGAUGGUCUAGAUUCGGUAUUUUGCAUAGAAAUUCCUGAAGUAGCUGGUGAUGAGUCUUCAACAGAAUUAAUGCUUCUCAUUGCAAAUGUGCGCAAACUGAAAGAUGGAACUGUCGAGAGAUUUGGUGUACCAUUCUGUGUGCAAGCACCGAGAGAUUGCUCAUAUGUAGAGCUACAAAAGAAACUAAUGAAAGAAAUGUCUUCAAUUUUAAAACCUGAAGUAUUCGCUUACAGUACAGCGCUGAGCAAUAUGUUCCAAAUACGAUUGCAGGAUCCCUCCGCAGAUCCCGACACUUAUCUCGAGCAAGUGGAACAUCCACUAUUUACCGAAAUGAUUGAUAUGGCCUUAUCUGUGCUCUCCAGUGAAGCUGGUCCAGCUCAUAUCAAACUCCUACUUGAAUGGACCGACCCAGAAGAAUUCUUUGCCGAUUUAACCGAUCCCGUAGUUGAACAUGAAAGUGUGUCACGUUUGAAAGACAAUAAAACCACUGAUACUGCUUUGUCGUUGGAACAGUGUCUGGAACAUUACACCAAAGCAGAAACGCUGAGCGCUGAAGAUGCCUGGCGUUGUCCACAUUGUCAACAAUAUCUACCGGUCGUUAAGACUCUUGGAUUGUGGUCAUUGCCAGAUAUUCUAGUGGUGCACUUUAAACGCUUCCGACAACAUCACGACAAGGGUGCCGAUGCUGCCAAACUUACAACCAUGGUUAAGUUUCCCUUGAACUCGUUUGAUAUGGCGCCCCAUUUGGCUCGUGGAAUGGAGUCAAGUUCAGUGGAUUCACUAAAUAGUGAGACUACUCAUAAUUCAUCACUUCGCAGUCCUUGGAAGAAGACUCGUGAACAACGCAAUCGAGUUGAGAAAGACAACCGUGAGACGCGAUAUGAUUUAUAUGCUGUUUGUUAUCAUCAAGGUGACACCCUAGAAACUGGUCACUAUACGGCAGCUUGUAAGAAUCCCUAUGACCAUCAAUGGUAUAAAUUUGACGAUCAGCGAGUAUCUCGUGUGCCUUCAGACUCAAUUCAAGAGGAAAUCAUUAACAACGAAGCUUAUAUGUUGUUCUAUCAAAGGCGCUCCAGUGACAAUGUCGAAUGUUCGGGAUCUAGUUCGACAUCGGGAGAUCAUUGGGUGUCGAAAAUUGCUUUACCUUCGGCUACUGCAGCUGCAGCGGUAACAUCGAAAAUUGAAGAAAAAUCCGAAGAGGCUACAUCACCGGAAAAGAGUAAAUCCGAUGAGAAUCAACAAGAAAAUGGUGCAAAACUUAAAGAAGUUCAAAUUCCAGAGGUGCCCCAGGUAACAACAGCAACAGUAACAACAAAUACUGUGGUUGUUGUUGAGAAAACUGAUGAAAAUGAAGUUGUGGAUAUCGAGAGUAUUGAAUAUGCCGAUGAGAAUGUAGAAAAACCUUUGCUUGAUGAGCCAAAGAUCGAUGAAGAGAAGAUUAUAGAUGAAUAUAUACAUUUGAAUGGUCAUUCAGAAAAAGAGAUAACAGAAGAGUCAGUUUCUGCAAUGAUAUCUGAUCCUCCUCCUCCUUCAAAAUCUAUUGCUUCCAUAUCGGCAAGUGUUUUACAAAAACUUCCACAAAAAACGACGACCACCACCAAAUUGGUAACAACAACAACACCACCAACAACGCCAAAGGAACGAAAACCAACAGCUUCCCAACCAAUAGAUGUCAAAAGGAGUCCCAAAGCUCCACAAGCUUCCGCUUCAUCACCUGUAUCAGCAUCAUCUUCGGUGUCUUCAACACAAUCUCACAAAUUUAAUGGCAUUAGUAAUACGAAUUUCAAAGAAGCCCUAUCGAGUAGUUUGAAGAGCAAUAGUAGCAGUAUAAUGGUCUCGUUGGGACAUGAAUUCAAUCGUGGAAUCAAUGGUAGUGGCAGUAGUAUAUGCUUGAAUGGAGGAAGUAGCCAUUGUGGCAACAACUUGAGGCACUCAUACUCGAAUAGUUCGAAUUAUAAGCUUAAAGAAUGUACAGCAGAUACGUUGUCGUCAAUGUUGCGCAAUUCGACGAAUACAUGUAGCAAAGAUACGCUUAUAUUUAUUGAUCAACAGAGUCAUAGUCUAAUCGAAGACGAUGAUUCGUUUUUAAGCAGUCCAUCGUUAUGGAUAUCCCCAGUGACGCCUCACAAACUGAUAACAGUUUCACCAAAAAAUUAAAAAUGUCAACUUUUCCUUUUUCUUAUACAUAAAAUGUAGAUUAUUUUAAAAAAACUAAAUUAAUUAACCCAAAAUAUUUAUGCAAUAGAUGCAUAUAUGCAUGUGGUAGAAAUUACGUAUAUAAUUAAAUAUAUACAAACAAAAAUAUUAUUUUACAGUAGAUCAUUAUAUUACAUAAAAAAACAAAUGUUUAUGUAAACUCAUACAUACAAAAAAAUGAUUAAAAUAUUUUUUUUUUUUUAAACAAAUAAACAACAAAUAAAUGUAUAUAAAUCGAAGUACCGAAAGUUGAUUCAAAUAGUUUGUAAAAAUAUUAAUUUAAAAUAAAAAA